AUGAAGAACUCUUUAUCUAAUCCCAAUUCAGCACCCGCGAACGAUGCCAUCUCGUACGAAGAUGUAUACUACAACGCAUCGUUAAUCAUCAAAAGCCCAUUUACUGGCAAGCCUCGUGCAGAACUGGACCAUGCCUGGUCAGAUUUACUCCAAUAUUCCAGUAUUAUCGUAUCUGAAGCAGAUCUAAAAAAUGUGAAUAAAACAUCCAUUCCAAUUCCAGGCAUGGAUGAUGCCUAUUGGGUCGAUCUCAGUGUCACUCACGAAUUGCACUGCAUUAAACGACUCUACCAGUAUUUUCACAAAGAAACUUACUUUGCUAGUCUUUCUCCCGAGGAUGAAGAACUGAACUUCAUGCACACCGAUCACUGUUUGGAGAUCCUCCGACAAGCAGCUAUGUGCCAUGCCGAUACCUCGCUGAUCCCAAUGCGGUGGAGUGCCCACUCGCCUGUUCCGGAAGCAGACUUCUCGGUUCCACACAAGUGUGUCAACUGGGAAAAGUUGCGUAUGUGGACCCGCGACCACUCGAUCGAUGUUAUGAAGCCCGGUUUCUUACAACAUCCAACCUUGGGUCCUGCAUUCCCAGAUGGCAGUAAUAAGGGAAUAGGCGUAGAGCAUAAUCAUACCCAUGGUAAUUGA